AUGUGGGACAUUGAAAAUUUAUCGAUUUAUACUCAUAUUUUAAUAGAUUGGAAUUAUAUGCUUGAAUAUAUUGAAAUUAGUGAUGAUGAAGAAUUGUUAUUAAAUUUAUUUAUAAUCGAUAGCUUUCACUUGAUCGCUUCUAGAAAAGGAGAAAGAUUAUUAUAUAUUUCAAACGGGCAAUAUAAAUUGGUUGAUCCUUAUAACCUCGAAAAUCCAAUUGAUGCGAAACUAAAAGAUACAAAUAGCAUCCCAAUUCCAUCUAGAAAGAUAGUUGAUAUUAUAACUAAUAUAACUAAUACUAUAACUGAUAAUAACUAUUCUAAUGAUAAUAGAAAAGUGUUCGAAGGGAAAAUUUUAAAAUGGGGGUUGGAAUUAGAAGAUAAAUCAGUCAGACUUACAGUAAUUGAUUUUAAUUAUGAUGAGAAUGAUUGGAACCCAGAUGAUAAAAAGAAGCAAUUAGACAUUCUUCCAUCAUUUUAUACUGAUGAUGGGAAAAAUUUUAUACUUCAUUGUGAAGUUCUCGAAAAUGAUGAUUUAAUUACAAUUACGCGUAUUGGUGUAAUUAUCUGGACUUAUAAAACAAUCUGUGAAAAUUUGGAUGUUAGAUUUGGUGAAAAAAAACUUUUCGAAGAGCUUUUGAAAAACGAUAUUGAUGAUGAAUUUUAUUUAGCUUGCUAUGGAGAAGAGCUUAUGAGAGCAUUUAUUUCAUUAAAUUAUGGUAAAUGGAUUCGAUAUUUAGGUCAGCGCUGUUUGGAUAAGUGUGUGCAAAAUGAUAAUUAUCUGAUUUCUAAAAUUUCUUUGUUGAGUAUUAUUUUUGAAUGGUUUAAUGUAUUAUCGAAAUAUCAUCCUGCAUUUAUAGCAAAUAUUUUAUCCAGGAUAAGAUUUGUAGUUCCUUCUACUAUGGUAAUCCCAGACUCUUCACAUCUUUCUAGCUAUGGAAUAUACUAUCAUUUAUCUAAAACAUCCUCUCUUGAUAUUUUAAUUUCUAAAUUUUGGAAUCGUUGGGAUCGUUGGAGAUUUCAAAAUUGGAUUCGAAAUUUUUUUUCUAUACUUCCUGAAUUUAUUCUUGUUCCACUUCUCCUUCUUUGUUCAAUUCCAGCAGCAUUUUUUAUCGAACUUUAUAAAUUUUUUCAUGCAAAGCAAUAUUCAAUAAUACUUGCAGUUCCUUACCCAAAUUUUGUUUCUUAUCCAAAAUACUACAAUAUUUUGCAUGAAUCAAUAAUCCCAAGUAACAGUCCUUUUUCUCUUUCAAAUAAGUACAUCCAAGAUGAUAAAUGGUCGAAGCCUUAUUUUUCACAGAAUCUUAGAGAAGUUCUUCAACUUGAUGAUGAAGAGCAGCUCCCAAAAGAAUCAAUUAAAGAUCUGAAAACAUAA